AUGAAUUCACAACCAGAGCUGCUUACCAAUCCUAGCAUUUAUGCUAAAAACUUUCCAAAAUUCGGCCGCCCAGAAAUUAUAGGUUAUAUAGGAUUAGAAAACCUUAAAUAUGCAAGAAAGAUUUCUAAUACAACCGUAAAUUUCGAUCUUAAUUUACUAGUAGAAGAAGCGCAAAGGAAACCACCUGAACAUGAUGUAAAGUUGAAUGACUUAAUUCAGUUCUUGUCCAACAAUGAGAAACGAUUGAAUUUUAGAACUCCAAACAAGCUCGAUUCUGCUACAAUAUUUUGCUAUCGGGGCUUAAUGACCUGCGUCGCCAACUCGCCUUAUGAAAAUGACCCUUGGAUUAUUGUGGCGUUAUUAUUUAAGGGAAAUAUAUAUUUAUGUGCACGAGACACAGAAGUCAAGAAGUUAAAGAAAAAAUAUAUGAAUGAAAGGGAUAAAUUAUUUACAUCUUGGGGAUUCAAGUUUGAACAGUAUAUUCUGUCUGAUAAACCCCAUGUAAAACCAAAUCCAAAUGUGCCUAAUAAUGAAAUGGAGGAGUUUUCAUGUGUUUUUAAGACAACGCUAAACAGUCAUAAAAUUAUAUAUGGAGCUGAAAUGGAUGGUAUUCGAUGUGAUAAAAAAGAAGUUCCCGAAGCGCCUAAGACAGUUGAUGAUGUCUUACAUUAUUUACAAGACAAAGAAUUCAUAGAGCUUAAAACAAAUCGACAUUUAGAAUUUCCUCAUCAACAAAGAAGUUAUAGACGGUAUAAGACCAGAAAAUGGUGGUGCCAAUCAUUUCUUGUUGGAAUAGAUACAAUAUUGUGUGGUUUUAGGAAUGAUAAUGGUAUUGUUGAGAAUUUACAAACUAUCAAUGUUAAAGAUCUCCCAAAAAUGUCAAAGGAAUAUUGGGACCCAAAUGUUUGCUUCAACUUUUUGGAUACGUUCUUUGUGUAUGUGAAAAGAUGUUUCAACCGAGAAAUGAGACGUAAAUAUGGCGACAAAGAUUUCGAUCUAAAAAGUGUGCCAUUAACGAGUUUGAUGUUUGAGCUUGUGCCAAACAAGUGCGUUCAAUGCAUUAACUAUGCGCAUGAAGAUGACCCAAUUCUACCCGAUUGGUUUCUCACGACGUUUGGAAAACACCAAGAAAUAUGA